AUGACAUUGCGACAAGGCCACGUGGCAACAAAAGUCCGUUUCUUUCAUUCUGACUCGAGCAUUCCACGUCUUGCUAUGAUAGGUACUCUGCCUACAGUUCGAGACUUGACCUUAGCCUACUGGGUGAAGUUGUACCAGUUUGAUGAAUAUUCAAACUCUAUCUUCUCUUACGCUCAUCCGAAUGAAGACAACGAAUUAUAUACAUGGAUUCAACUGAAGGACAAAAUUCCGCAUGUAGGGAUUCAUAUUCAUUCCGGAGAGGGUCAUUAUGUUAAUAUACCUUGUCUAGAGUUUGAUUUAAAAAAAUGA